AUGAGUUAUAACUGGCAGCCUCUCAGUAGCUCUCCUUUCGGGAAAGGACACUCAGUCUCCGCCAGGACCUUGAGUCGCAAUCUGGGCUUCCCAGGCACAGAAUUCAGCUCCCAGGACUGGUCAAGAUCAUCCCUCAAGCAGUGUGGCCUGUCUGCGACUCGAGGGUACAAACCAUCAGGAAAUGUCGAAUUCAGCCUGUCCAACCUCUCUUCUGGAGAUCACAAGAUGGUGGGAGCGAAUGAGAAAGAGUUGAUGCAGGGUCUCAAUGACAGCUUUGCUGGCUUCAUUGACAAGGUCAGGCAGCUGGAGCAACAGAACAAGGGGCUGGAGGCUGAAAUCACGGACCUGAGGGAAAGGCAAACUGCCCAGUCUGGCCUUGCAAACAUCUAUGAACCAGAAAUGGCAGAGCUACGAAACCUCAUCCAAGAAACUGAAAGACAGAAGAUGCAAAUUUACUUGGACCGCGAUCACCUGGAGGAAGAUCUCCAACGUUUGAAGAGAAAAUAUGAGGAAGAAAGACAAACUGUACAUGACACUGAAGCAAGUAUCCAGGCCUGUAAGAAAGACAGAGAGAAUACAAAUUUGAUUAAAUUAGACCUAGAAAGGAAAGCACAAUCUCUCAUUGAUGAAAUCGUGUUCCUGAAGAAUAAGCAUGAGGAAGAGGUGGCUGAUCUGUUCUCUCAGAUCCAGGCUUCACAGGUUGGCGUCGAAAUGAAAGAUUUCAUGAAGCCUGAUCUGACGGGAGCCCUGAGAGAGAUUCGAGCUCAGAUGGAGGGAUACACCAAUGUUAACAUGCAGCAAGCAGAGGAAUGGUUCACAUCCAGAGUGGCCAAACUCAACAAUGCAGCAGCAACAAACAGAGAAGCUCUACAGAGCACAAGGCAAGAGAUCAGUGAGUACAAUCGACAACUACAGUGCAAGAGUCUUGAGCUGGAGACAGUAAGAGGAAGGAAGGAGUCUUUGGAGAAACAGCUGAAUGAGAUUGAAAACAGAAACCAUUCAGAAUUAAUUCAGUACCAGGGUGCAGUGCAUCAAUUAGAAAAUGAACUUAAAAAUACAAAACAGGAACUGACUCAUCACCUCAGGGAAUAUCAAGAUCUGCUGAAUGUCAAAAUGGCUUUAGAUGUGGAGAUUGCCUCCUACAGGAAACUCCUUGAAGGUGAGGAGACAAGAUUUGGAUCAGGUGCUGAGAACUUCAGUCCUUCACCCCAUAUGUACAGGGAACCCCAAUAUAUCACACAAUCAUCUUACACCACAACUAAGACAAAGAUCACUCCUGAGUUUAAAUAUGUAGAAGAGAUUUUAAGUGAGACGACAAAGGAAAUUGACCUGGCAGAUCUGGAAGAUGCUUAUCUGAGGCUGAAGCCUGGCCAACUCUAUGAUGAAGAAGUGGGAGGAGAUGUAAUGGAAUCAAAAGAAGCUGAAGAAAAAGCAGCCACUGAAGCAAAAGAGAAGGAAAAAGGUACUGAAGCCAAAGAGGGAGAAGAAGGAGCUGAGGCUGAAGGGGAGGAAGAAACUGCUGAGGGCAAAGAGAGAGAAGAAGAUACUGAGGACAAAAAAGAGGAAGAAGGUGCUGAGGUCAAAGAGAGAGAAGAAGAUGCUGAGGCUAAAGAGGAGGAAGAAGGUGCUGGGGUCAAAAAGACAGAAGAAGGUGCUGAGGUCAAAGAAGAAGGUGCUGAGUCCAAAGAAGGGGAAGGAGCUUCUGAAGCCAAGGAGGUAAAAGAAGGUACUGAGGACAAAGAGGAGGCCAAAGAAGGAGAAGAUGCUGAGGUGAAAGUGGCAGAAGAAGGUAUUGAGGACAAAAAGGAGGAAGAAGGUGCUGAAGACAAAAAGGGGGAAGAAGGUGUUGAGGACAAAAAGGGGGAAGAAGGUGUUGAGGAGAAAGAGGGAGAAGGAGAUACUGAGGACAAAAAGGGGGAAGAAGGUGUUGAGGACAAAAAGGAGGAAGAAGGUGUUGAGGACAAAAAGGGGGAAGAAGGUGUUGAGGACAAAAAGGGGGAAGAAGGUGUUGAGGACAAAAAGGGGGAAGAAGGCGUUGAGGAGAAAGAGGGAGAAGGAGAUACUGAGGACAAAAAGGGGGAAGAAGGUGUUGAGGACAAAAAGGAGGAAGAAGGUGCUGAGGAGAAAGAGGGAGAAGGAGAUACUGAGGACAAAAAGGGGGAAGAAGGUGUUGAGGACAAAAAGGAGGAAGAAGGUGUUGAGGACAAAAAGGGGGAAGAAGGUGUUGAGGACAAAAAGGGGGAAGAAGGUGUUGAGGACAAAAAGGGGGAAGAAGGUGCUGAGGAGAAAGAGGGAGAAGGAGAUACUGAGGACAAAAAGGAGGAAGUUGUUGAGGUAAAAGAAAAGACCAGAGAAGGAGAAGCUCUUGAAGCAAAAGCAGAAGCUAUGAAAGGAGAAACUGGUAAAGCCAAAGAGGAGGUCAUAGAGAAACAAGCCAUUGAGACAAAACCAGAUGCAACAGCAGGAAAAACUGAUGAGACAAAGGAGGAGGCUGUAGAUGAAAAGGCAAAAGGGGAAUCAGAAGGUGCUGAAGAAGGUCAGGCUGAAUCGGGAAACUUAACAGUCAAGGAAACUGUCAGAGAUCAAAGGAAAGAAUCAGGACCUGAGGAGCCAACAAGAACAAGUCAGGAUAAAUCAGAAUCUGCUGCUGAAGAAAAACCAGAAGAGAGUAAAGAUAGAAAGUGUCUGGAUAAACCAAAAGAAGAAUCACCCGAAGUGAAAGAAACGGCCACAGUUGAAACAGAAGCUGAUCCUAAGGGGCAGACCAAGGUCAAAGAAACAUCAAAAGUAAAUGAAAAGGAAAACAAGAAAGAUGAGAAAAAGGAAAGCAAAGAUAAGAAGUGA